CUGAGAGCGUAUAGCUAGUAACAAGGACGGGCCGGGAGCUUUGUAUGUCGCCCGCCAUCCUGGACGCGCUGCCGGAGGAAGACCUGGUGCUCCUGGAAGUCCAAGCAGAUGCGAACAACCGAGGACCAGUCCCUGAGUGGCUUUAUGAAGCUGUGCGAGAUCCCAGCUUCGUGGUGGCACAGAAGGUGCACGGGAACCGGAUCUCGGUCAUCGUGGGGGCAUCCUUUUUGCAGAAGGCCAGGAACGCUUGGAUGAUGUCGGAUCAGAAGGUGGUGCAUCAGCACUUGAGCGGCACGCAGCGCCGGCAGUUUGACCCCAAUCAACUGGAGCAGCACGCGCCUGAAGCAGUGGUGCCUAAAGCAGUGGUGCCUGAAGAAGUGGUGCCUGAAGAAGUGGUUCCUGAAGCAGUGGUGCCUGAAGCAGUGGUUCCUGAAGCAGUGGUGCCUGAAGCAGUGGUGCCUGAAGCAGUGGAAGGCUCUCCAGAAAAGGAGGAAGAGUAUGGCCGUGCUGCCAAAAAACGAAAGAAGAAGGCUUCAAGAGAGGCCUCUUCUGAAGAGACGGGCGAUUUGGCCGAUUUCUCCGACCAAAGCGAGAUGCUGGAGUUGGAUGCAGGCGCUGGUUUGUCGACCGAGGCCGAGGUGAAAGAGAAGGUUGCUGGGCUGCUCAAAGACUUGGAGCCCGAAGAGCUAGAGGGAGAGGGUGUUUGGCCAGCGAACUUCAAGUUCCCAAAGGGAUAUCCACCACCACCAGAGGUUGGAGCACUCGCGGAUGCUGGACCAUCCCAGUUCCCAGAGAAUUUCAAGUUCAAGGCCGGCUACCCCCCACCACCCCCCGCUGAGACCGACGAGGAGCACAAUGCGGUGUUAGCUGCAGUGGCUUCAGCUGCAAGGGCCGGCGCCCUGCCACCAAUGACCACACAGGCCAUUGUGGUCCCAUCAGCCGUGCCUGGAGCACCGCCCAUCAUUCUGUCUACCUACCGAACUGCUUUAGAAGGUCUAUCGCCCAGCCAGAUUGCAGAGGCCCUCUCAACACCGGGAACAAUGCCUGCCAUCAGCAGCUUGCCACCAGCUUCUGCGCUGGUCGCUGCUGCUGUCAGAGCUCAACAAGCUCAACAAGCUCCGAUGCUGCUAGCAGGUGCCAAUCUGCUCAUGCAGCCUGGCACCUUACAAGCUCCGAUGCCGCCCCCAGCACCGCCAUUGGGCACCUGACUCAAAGCAGUGACUGGCAACUGGACAGCACUGCCUUUGGGCACACAUCACUUGUUGUAUUCUCCCGUGCCAUUCUGCACGCGGAGAACACAAAGGGCAGCGAAGGUUGCAAAGACGAGAGAAACGCCCAGGUUGCAACUCAUCGGC